UGGUCAACUCGAUCCAUGACUUUAUUAACUGGAAGAUUGCUGCUGAUUGUAGUAGCAGAGACGGAGAAGAUGGGUCAAGUUCAAAGCGAGGCAGCCACAGUGGACCAACAAGGCCACUGGGGCUCCUCUGCUGUACCGUCCGCUUCUCCCUCCUUUUCUUCCAUGGACUCUCUUAUCGCAGGAGUCGAACUAUGCAUUUUACAGUCUCUUGAUGCCAAGGCUCAGAAGGCACUGGAAUGCCCUUGCAUAGCUAACUUACGAAGUGGCCCUUGUGGGCAUCAGUUUGCAGAGGCUUUUGUCUGUUAUCUUAAGAGUACGGUGGAAGAAAAGGGAUCAGAUUGCGUGCAUCCGUUUGUAGUUUUGCAGAAGUGUAUUAAAGCUAAUCCUCAUGCCUUUUCGAAAGACGUUUUAAAAGAAGAUGAAGUCAAGAAAGAGGAAAAGCUGACACAGGAUUACAAAAUCAUCCCCCCAAAAUGGUCCAGGGAAUCGCCAAGUCCAAAAUCCAAGCUUUAGGGGAAAGAUCUAAACUUCAUAUUUUUUUUCCCUCGCAACAAGCAGUAGUCAUUGAAUUUUUUAUUAUAAAUAAAGUUGGCCUUCACUGGAGAUGCUCAAGCAGGUUUUUGGAAUGAUUCUUCAGCAUUCUUCCACACAUAUAUUUGAUCUAAAAAUAAGAAUCCGAAAGUUGAAGCUAUUUACCGAUUUAUUAAAGAGAUGGGGGAAGCUGAUCAUAUCUUUGCUGAAUUUUCUUUGAGGCUUUUUUCAAAAAUACUUUUUUUUAGGGGUUUCUGGUUGUAUAAAUGCAAAAAAUUCUAGCAUAUAUUAUUAAUGAAUAAUGCUACUCUUACCACAUUUGUAUAUUACAUUCUUAUACCAUCUUAUGUAGCAGCUGAAAUGGACAUCCACAUCAAUUAAAAUUAUUUAAUAUUUUCUUUUC